AUGGAAUCAAUGCAUAUUUGCUUUUUAGGAGAUGAUGGUGUUGGCAAAUCAACAGUGAUGAUUCAAUUGAUAAAUGUUCAUUUUGUCGAAGAAUGGGACCCAACUAUUGAAGAUGAUUAUCGACUACAAACCCAAGUAGAUGAUAAAGUUAGGCUUGUUUCAAUGUUGGAUUCUGUAGAUAAUGGUCCAAUGUCUGUUUUAAAAAAAGAUUAUAUUACAAAAUCGAUUGGAUAUAUUAUAUUUUAUGAUAUUACCAAUAGAGCAUCAUUUGAGAGUAUUGGUAGACACCUUGAAAGUAUAGUUGAUGCAAGAACGGAUAUUGCAAGUAUUGGACAAUUGAUAUCGACCAAAUCUGUUGUAUUGGUUGGUAAUAAAUGUGAUAGAGAAUGUGAUAGAGUAGUAACACAUGAAGAAGGUUUGCUCUAUGCCACUCAUCAUGGAUUCCAAUUCUUUGAGAUAUCAGCUCGGACAAGACAAGGUUUCCCAUCAAGUAAUUCAAAUAUUAAUUUAGAGAGAGAAAUGUCACAACUAUUACAACCAGUAAUGAUGUUGGAGGAAUUAAAACAACAUUAUAGAACGUCAGAACAACAACAAAGGUAUUUGCAACAGUUGGACGAAGAGUUGGAUGAGCCAUGUAGUUGGAGUGACAGCGAGACUGCCACGACACUUUCAUCGACAAAUACAGAGUCGUCAUCAUCGAUAUACAACCUAGCAUCGUGGGACGACUUUCUCAAACAAGAGAAUGACUAUUAUACGAAAAAGUGCAAGGAGCUCAAGUUUGUGUGCUCGUCAUUUGUGCAGAAACAACGUGCAUUUGUGUCGCAGAUUGACUUUAAUCCCGAUUUUGACAGAGAGGAAGCGUCGCAACUGGCGCAAGAGAUGCACCAAGCCAUCACGAUUGUGCACACCAUACAGGCAUCAGUAUCGCAGCUAAUCAGACAGGCACAGUUUGUCGUGACACACAGUCUGACAAGCAAGUUGGCCGAUCUAGAAAACAUGGCUUCUCACAUGGGUAUCCUGGGUGUAGAGUUGCAGGCCAUGGUACAGACUGGCACUGGGUGUCCGUCGGCAGUACUCGUGUUUGCACGUCAACCCUUCCCAGGCAUCCUCAAACGUUACAAACAAAUUGGAAGUGACGAGUUUGUGGUCGAGCUAUUGACCACUGCCCAAUUCCCAUUCACCUAUGGCAAGCUGAGACUAGUGCACUGCGACGAAGUUCAGUCACUCUGUCUUACCGACAAGCGAACCAACAACAAAGAGAAAACCUCUGCACCACUCACAACCCCCGUCAACUCGACGGCUGCACCUCCCAACAUGAUCGAACAACAAUGGUUUGACAUUCAAGUUGAAAAUGGUAGAUUCCUCGCAAAGAUUCCUAUAAAGUUGAUGCAAGGUACCACUCGAUUCACUUCUUUUAAAUGUUCACUUGCCCUCAUUCAUAAAUCAACAAAACAUCAAGUAGCCAUUGAAACUUCAUUGUCUGAUCGUUUCAUCUCUUUUGUAAAUGAUCAACAAUGGAUUGAACAUUUUGCUUUACUUGUUAAAGAAGAAAUUUUUCUUUUGGAAAAUGGACAAUAUUUAUAUGAACAAGUUAGUCAUUCAAGAAUUUUAGAUAUUCUUUUAAAAUAUUUCCAUCUUUGUUUAAAGAUUUAUAAAAGAACAAAUUCAAGUCAUAGAUCAUUACCAAUUGAACCUUUAAAAUUAUUAUUAAAUAGAAUUUCAAAAACCAAAUUAAAUAUUUUACAAUUUGAUCAAUUCUUUUCAAUUUUGACACCAGUAUUCAAGGUUAUUAAAUAUCAAAGACAUGCAUUGGAUUUAUGGGGUCAAGGACUCUUAUAUUUAUUUAUUGAUCAAGAUGAAGUUAGGCAAUUAUUAUUAACUUCAACCAAAUUAUCAAAUACUAUAGGUAAUAGUAUCAUUGAUAAUAAUAAUAACACACAAAAUAAUCAACCAACAGAAUGUAUAAAUAAUAACGAUAAUAAUGAUAAAAAAGGAAAAUGUAGAUUUUUAAUUCAAUUUAGUGUUGAACAUCCAUAUAGUUGGGUAAUCAAAUAUGUUGAACAAGAAAUCAUCUCUUCAUUGUCGAGCGAACCACCACAAAUCAAAGAAUUAAUCAUUGAUAUGAAAAAAGAUCUCACUGGUGAUAGAUCCAACAAAUCAAUUGUUACCUAUCUAGAAAACAAUCUACCAAACUUUUCAGAGAUUUGUCAAUACGAUUAUAAACAAAAUAAUUAUUCUAUCAUUCUUCGUGAUGAAAUAUUUGCUCAAAUUAAAAUUAAUAAUUAA